CUCAAAUUGAUUUGUCAAAUAAAUAUCUAGGUAUAUUUUCGUUUUGUGAUGUGUUAAAUGAUAUUUAUUAUUUAUUCAGUUCUUCGUGAUGAGUUCCGAUAAAAAAGGAGUCGUCAAGUUAUCUGACGGCUGGGUGCUUUGCACAUCGAAAUCAAAUCCUGGUAGAAAGUAUUAUUUUAAUAAGAGAACUGGUAAAUCGUCAUGGACCCAACCACAGGCUACCGAAAAGUCUGAUAGGAAACAGAAAAACAAAAAAGAGAAAGUAAACAGAGAGAAGAUCAAGAAGGAAGAAGCACAGAAGAGUUUAAAGAGGAAAAGCGAUGGCAAUGAAAGUCAGGAAUUGGCCAAUAAAAAGCAUAGAAAGGAUGUUGCAGCCACACCAUCUAAACAGAAAGUUAACAGCCAAUCACCACUCAAACCUAGCCCCAGCACUAAAGAGACCCCUCAGAAACGAGCAAAGAAUGCAGCAAAUCAAAGACUAUCUCAGCUAAGGGCGAGGUUAUCAGCUGAAACUCAAGAUGAUGGUACCACCAGUACAGACCAGUCCCCUAGCAAAGCAGUCAAAUCCAGCCCCACGACUGCUACACCCCCCAAAUCCGCCACCACCCCUAAACCUGCCACCACACCCAAAUCUGCCACCACCCCUAAAUCAGCCACAGAAACGAAACCCCCCAAGGUUGAAAACAAAAGUCCAGUUACAGAAGGCAAAUGCACAACAUCGCAGUCUCCAAGCAGUGACAGUUUACAGUCCAUACCUUCCCCUUCACAGUUCUUUGCAGCAAACAAAAUAAUCUGCUCAAUGAAAGCACAAUUACCUGAAGAUGCGUACUGUGAUAAUCCAAAGCCAAAAGACACAUUUGCAGACAUUGAGCAAGGUAUUUGCAAUCAGACUUCAGAGUAUCCAUAUAUGAAGCACCCUUCUACCCCACCUCAGUUUUCGCAAGCCAGCAAGCUUCUGUCCGCAAUCAAAUCUAAAUUGACUAAAGUGGCGGUGAGUAAAGAUGGCAGUUGUCAAGAGACUGUAGAGACAUAUGUCUCGGCUAGUGAACGAAUGGAGAAGUUGAGGGCCAGUUUGUCUAGUGACCUGAUGGAAAUAGAAAGUGAUCCUGUAGUAUUAAGCAGUAGUGUAAGCAUAGAAACUAAUUGUACAUUGAAUGACGCAAUGGAUGUGGAUUUAAAAGAGUUAAAGCAGCAAGUAGCAGCACCUCUAGCGAAUUGUACAAAGGAUAACAUUAGUACCGACCUCGUAUUAGUUGUGGAUACAAAUAUUUUUAUACACGAGUUGUCUAUUAUCAAGAAUGUGCUCAAUUCUAAUAUUAAAGGAUUUCCAGGGCAGCCGACGUUGCUCGUACCUUGGCGUGUGGUGAACGAGUUGGACAGACUGAAGGACAAUAACAACUGCAACGGCGCGGUGUGGAAGCGAGCCAAGCGAGCCAUGGACUACCUCUACAAGUCCAUACCCGAGAACAGUAGGAUACGAGGCCAACCGCUCCGCGACGCCAACUCCCACAUAUACCCGUGUGAGUCUCCCGAUGACGAGAUCCUCAACUGUGCGCUACAACAGGCCGAGAGAGGGAAGACAGUGAUUCUGCUCUCGAACGACAAGAUCCUGUGCAGCAAGGCAGAAAUUAACAACGUCAGGAGUUUGUCGUUGACUGAGCUGAACGAUUUACUGGAGACUCCUCCUCCUCAGGAGACGGACCCUGAUGCCUUCGACAACCUCAAGCAUUACCAAGCCACCAUAUAUCAGCUGCUAGCCAAUAUUCUAGAGAACGAAAUGCGCGCGAAGUACAACAACUUAUGGCAGCACGUACUGUUCAAAGCGCCCCCUUGGACGUUGGCCGACGUGCUCCAAUGUUUGCUCAAACAUUGGAUAGCCGUGUUCAAUGAGGUGUUCCCCAGGAUAGAACAUCUUAUUGUCGAUCUCAAGAACUCUUUGACUUCUGUUGAUAGUAAAGAUUCAAAAUCCCUAACAGACUCUGAGGUAUCGAAUUUCAAGGACCUAUGUCUGGAAGUGGCGAAGAAAUGUCAGAUCAUACCGGAGUAUAUGGAGCUAGCCAAGGUGACGGUGGACCGACUGCUGAACGACCGCGCCUGCGAUGCUGAAGACGAGAAACAUGGUGAACUCAUGGUCAUAGACGCCUUCGAAAAUGUAUGGACUGUUAUGUCCAGUUUUUGUGCCAAGUUAGCGAGUCGUAUGGGCGUCCCGCACAACAUUGAGGACAAGUGGCCCGGAGACGAGCCCUUGGAAGCCCUCACCACCAAGCUCACACUCUUCACCAACCAGAUCUCCGCCUUCACGCUCGCUAUCAAAGGAGUAUUAAGCUCAGAAAACCCGGAGUCUAGCAUAGAGGCCCUGGAGCAAGCGUUCCGCGACAGUCUGCAGCUGAUCUGCAUGGACAACGAGUACAUCAACAAGACCAGGCUCGCCACCUUCUGCGGUAAAUGCAGAAACAUGCUACAGGAAGCCUACACGAAGUUCGCACAGCUAAUGGAACUAAUCGAAGUAUGUAAGAACACACUCAAUACGGCCAAUCAAUAGUUACAGCCGCGGUCACUCUGUGACGUCAUAGGUAAUGUGUACAGUAGAUCAAGUAUAACUCUUAUAUAUAGAUUAAUUAGUAAAUGUUUAUCGACAAGUUAUAAUACAGUUUGCGACAAAAAUGUUUUUAGAAUAAAUCGUAAACACUUUUGUCGCUCACUGUACCCCAUAGAUAGAUACAUUCAUGUUUUUAUUUAAACUCAAAUGUAACAUCGCCGUCGCUUAAAAUAAUUAUUGUCUAGGAUUUAUACAGCAUGUUAUUUAAAUACUAUAUUGAGAAAAUGUUUUUGCUUUCUUCAUAUUAUUAUUUUGGUAUUACAUGUUAUUGGUGUUACUCUCGGAGCAGAUUUUAUGACUCGCUGUAUACAUAUUAAAUACUUUUGGUCAUGACUGUACUAUCUAGUCCAUUUUUAUAAUCUGAGGGAUUAGUACGAAUUUGUUUUACGGUUAGAGAGAUUGAAACAUUGCCGCGUUUGCCCUCUGAUUGGUUGGUUCAUUGGGGCAGACCAAUCAGUACCCUUAGUAUGAGUUUGCUAUCAUUAUUUCACAUAAUUAUCAGCCGAAAGACGUCCACUGUUGAAAAAAGGCCUCCCCCUUUACCUUUAAAGUAAGAGGCUAAUGAGUUUUCUUUACGUUUAAAGUAAUCGAAACGAGAGCGCGUUCAGCGCUCUGAUUGGUUGGUUUAUUCGACCUGGCCAAUCAGAGCGUUGUAUAUAACGUAAAGCAAACUCGUACUAAGGGUACAGUAGACUAAAUAAAAUAACGAUUCGUUACUUUAUGGUUUCGUUAUGAAAUGUAACAUUGUGUACCAAAUUGUAAUAAUGAUGUCGAUUGACUUGAAUUUCAUACAUUUUAGUCUUUUCUAACUUCGUUAUCGUUUUUAUAAGUAUAAAAAUAAGUCAGGGUUUUCCUUCCUGACUAUAUAAAUCCCGAACGCACGAACCGAUUUCCACGGUUUUCCAUUCGUUGGAAAGGUCUCGGGCUCCGUGAGGUUUAUAGCACAGAAAAUUCUGAAAAAAAAAAACAAAAUCGAGAGCAAAGCAGAAAAUCAUUGAUGGCGAAACGGAGUUCGCCGGGUUUGCUAGUCGUUUAUAAAUUCUCACUUUGUCUAAGCCCCCAGAGCACCGAACGCGGUACCCUUUCAAUCUCGUUAAACGUAGAACAAACUCGUUCUAAACUACACCAAUGCUGUAUUAAACUUAACCAAUACUGAAGCUGAACAUUUAUCUACCCUUGAAUUAUAUGAAGUUCCUUUAUUUAGACAUAGUUUUAUGUCUGUUGAUGCCUUUAUAUAUUUAUGGUUUAUAGAGAAAUAAACAUUAUAGAGAACUAAUCGAUGGUCAUAAAAACAUCGACCAUUUUAUUCCUUGUUGUGUAAUUCAAGUGAUUAUAUAAAAAAAAACACUUAUAUAAAGUCAGCUAUUGCGUUCAAACUGUUAUAAUAAAAUUGCUUAACUAUGCUUCGUUAAUUGAAUAUUAUUGGAAUAUUUACGAAAGUCGUCAGAAUAAAAAGUUUCGUCGUUUUCAAUGCACGUUCGUUUGAUUGGAUAAAAUUUUUAUAUGGACUCUAUAAUUAGUAUUUUUGUUGACCCUUCAAGUUAAUAAUUAAUGAAGAAAAGCAAAUUAAUGGAUAAACAUUUCUUAUUUCUUUGCAGUAACUAAUAAAUAUUAUGUAUAUGGACUUUAAAACAACAUACGUAUAUUAAUUAUUAUGUUAUCGGUUUACUCACGUAACUGUUUGACGAGGAACACGACUAGUUUCAAGCCAUGCUAUGAAUAUAAGCCUCUAGCAUGGCUUGAAACUAGUUGAGUUCCUUGUCAAACAGUUAUGUGGGUUAGGUGAUAACAUAAUAUUAAUUUAUAUGUCUUACGAAAGUUAUAAUAAAACAUUCGUAUAAUGCAAUAUUUUCCCCAUUCGAUGAGAAAGGACUUCAUUGUCUUUUUAAGACUGAUUAAUUAAUCAUUAUAUUUUGAUAAUUUUCAAAUGCUUCUGUUUUCUUCCUGUUAACUGAUUUCUUGGUUCACUUAAAAUGAGAAAAUAUAUUGAAAGAUAUGAUGUUAUCUUUGACAUAUAUUUUGUAUUUAAUUGUAGGUAAUUGAUGGUGUAAAUUGUAACAUGUGGUUGUUGUGCGAUUCUACUUUAUAACGGUUCAUUUAUUUAAAAAGGUACUCUUUGAUUGCACAUCUGUAUUGUAUAUCUCGACAAGAGAUUUGACGGCCUUUUGCGUUGACCUAUCUUUCAGAAACCGGGCGUAACUAUUCUAUAUAUGUAUCACGAUAUGAUGUAUAUUGAUACUUAUCUAUGAUUGGUGGCUCGCUCGUGGUUCUGCAAGGGUCGUGUUCUGACUGGGAUGCCGUCUCCUUCUGCGAAGCAGUCAUGCUAGGCAAGGAGGAGGCGGGGCGCGUGAGGGAACGAUCCUCCUCACGCCACAGCCGUCGCGAGAGACACUCCGGGUGUCGGGGAUCGCGCGACGAUCUCCGGCCACCGUAAGUGCGGGUCUGCGGACAGUGAGCAAGGGUAGCUGGCCGCCCGACCAGAACCAGACCCGUGCGUGCGGCGCCGAGCGUUCCGCGCGCGUCUCAAAGAGCCAUCAGACCACCACAGAUGUAUACAGACACAAUCAAAGUUGUAUCUUAUAAGUGUAAAUGUUAAAAAAGAUGGCUAAUAUACUACAUCCUUGCUUAUUGCCAAGUUUUUCUUUUUCAUCGAUAAUACAUUAAUUAACAUUUACACUUGGACUAAAUCAAAUGAACCAUUUAAUUUCAGCAUUUUCUUAACAUUUCCUUCGGUUCGAUUGAAAUUAUUAUUUCUUCAGUGUUACGGGUAUCUGUGUAGUUUACACUUGUAAAUAUAUUAUCUGAAGCCUUAGUACGAGUUUGUUUUACGAUUACGGAGAUCGAAACGUUACUGCGUUUAGCCCUUUGAUUGGUUGGUUCGUUGGAUCACGCCAAUCAGAGCGCCGAACGAGGUAAUGUUUCGUACGCGUUAAAUUCAGAACAAACUCAUACUAAGCCCACUGUAUACACUAGUUUGACGUUGUCAAGAUGACAUUGACACAUGUCAUUGCGACAUUAAAGAUGAAUUCAUAGAGGGAUAGAGUAGGCAAGCUAAAUGAGGAUGAUUAUGAUUUGUACAAUCGUGGUCACAUGCGCCUGACCUGAGUUAAUGUUUGCUUGCACCUGAUGAGAUCCGCUCUCUAGCCCCGCCCCAUGACGAAUGAAGCGGGGUGGUGGGUAGUGCCACCGCCGGCGAACAACAUCAAACGUAUCACUGACUAAGGGAUUACACAUGUUACGCCACUAAGCUGCGACGUUAUUGCUCUUUUCUCUUUGUUGAGACAUGUAUGGGGUGUGGCUUAAUAUUUUACUGGGUUCAAGCGAUAAAAGUUUAAAAUGAUCAGGCGGAUCUGACCUCCACUGUACUUGUCUUACUAAACAAUUUGAUGUUUUUUUUAUAACGUAUGAAGUAAGACAAUGGUAGUAUGAAUGUAGAAGGUAUGUAGAUUUGUUUAUAAUAUCAUCGGAAUUAAUGUGGUGUAAAUAUCUAGUCUAUUCUAUUAUAUUUUUAGCCUUGCAUCGUUAUGCUUCUCCCUUCAUUGAAUUGUCCACCAACAUUAUUCCUGUAUGAUAUUUGUCGAACAAAAUCGAGGAUUUACUGUGUUAGAAAGAGAUAGAAGAUAGAUAUGAGUAUGUGUUUCCUCUCUUUCUUUUUGAUGUGUUCAGAAAAGUGUAAGAAGUAGCUUGUCUCUAUAUCUCUAUGUUGGACUAUUAUUAUCUUAGCAGUAGAAAUAAUUAAACUUGUAUUAUUAUAUUUUGUUAUUUAGAAUUAGAGGUGUCGGCGUUGCUCUGUUUAUUACACUUGGGGGCAAAAUAAUGGACUAGCGAUUUUUAUCAUUUUAAAGAACCCUCUAUAAUAUUAAAAAUAAAUACUCGUUUUACAACAAAAUACUCUCAUUUUAAAGGUUAUUAAAUUGUCUUUCAUACGACAUAACUAAUUAAUAAAAUACUUGUAUCAGAAAAUAUUUAUCAAGAAAUUAAAAAGAAAAAACGUUAGUGGCUCCGUUUCUUUGCUCCCAAGUGUAGUUCUUUGCUGUUUUGUCCUGAACUUGUUUUAGAUUAUCAAUACCGUAAUAAAAAAAACAACAUUUAAUUUAAAGUAGACUAUAAUAAAAUAAAAUAAUUUUGUAUUAAUAUAAAUCAAUAUACAUAACUGGUUAUGUACGGUCAUCAAAUUAUACUUAAUACCGCACACAGACAUUUAAUGGCUACUUAAACUAUUCCUAAGUAACGAUUCGAUUGUUUUUUCGGGUCUGGGUGACAUGUGUCCGUGAAUUUGUAUGUUUGUAAAGGCACUUACGACAUAGGAGAAAAACCUAAAGCCUGGAUUAAGUAACCAUUAAAUGACUGAAUACGUCAGUUAUUAUGUUAAUUUAUUAACGCAAUUCAUUAUCCAAAUUUGAUCUGUGUAGUGUUUUUUGUUUCGCUUGUAUUAAUUCAAGAUUUAUGUUUUAUGAUAACAUGAAACUCUUUUUCAUUGUAUUCACAAUAUCUGUUGUUAAUUUUAAUUGUAGUGCGGUCAUUAAACCAGUUCACAUAUAUCUUUAAAAUUAUUAAUGCAUCUUUGAAAUGAAUUCUGUAUAAUUAAAACAGGAUUUUGUAAUCUGUGAUAAGACUAGGAUUACAGUGGCGCGAACCGUUUAUAACUAAUAUCAUAAAAUAAUUAACACAAUUAUUAAUUUAUGAAAAAAUAUUUAACGUAAUCACCUACAACAAUUAAAAGGCACUUUUAAGUUGAAUGAUAGUUUAACGCAACUAUAGUCAACCGUUGCGGAGGGUUUGCGCAAACCAUGCUCAAACCAAUAGGUGAUUAAAUAUGUACCUAUAAUGUAUUUUGUCCAUCAGUUAGGGUCCUCGCCCAUGGUAACUUUUUGUAGCCAUGAUGUCGUGCUUUUAGUGAACAUGCAUUCGCAACAGCAUCUUUCCUUACGUACUUUUAUGUACAAUUUGAUUCUAUUUUACAAAAAGGCGCCGUGGGCUUUCCACUUAGAUUAUAAAGAAAUAUUAGACACGUAUUUUCUGUAUAACAAAUGUACCUACUACUCAAAUAUGCAUAGCCAAUUUAGGAGCUCUUUUUCGCUAUGUUAUUUCAAUGCCUAUUUUGCAAGAAGCGGUGACGUCAGGAGAUAUUUUUAAAUACGUCUUUAAUAUUUUUUUAUUGUUAAUCUAGGCAUAUUACACUGGUCAACACUGAAAAAUUUUCCAGAGUAUUUCCACAUGUUUUCGAUUAAAUUAAGUGUGGUGAUUACGAAAAUACCACUGUUUUUUUUCUAGCAGCUCUAGUUUAAAAUUUACAUGUAGGUUAAAAAUUUAUAUAAAAUUAUGAUUUUUUCACACACUUUAUUUGAAAUAAUUACUGCGGUUCGGUUUUCUUGAAUGAGGCUUCUGUAUUUGAUCCCGACAAAGAUUCCAGCAGUAGUCGGCCAUCAUGUGUAUGUCCCACCUCCCUUGGUAACGUUCUUCCAUCGUGCGAAUAUCCUGGUGGAGCCUUUCACCUUGCUCCUCGUUAUAAUCUCCAAGAUUUUCAGGAAAUCGAUCCAAAUGAAAAUGUAAAUAAUGUAAUUUAAUACUCAUGUUACAUCCUAGAAGUUUCAAAUUAGACAACAUAUAUCGUUAACUAAUUGAAAAUAAUUUUCUGAUUUAUGAUUCCCAAAAAAGUUUUGAAUUACUGCAACGAAACUUUUCCACGUUCUUUUUUCAAGUUCGUUCAUAGAUUCGUCAAAAUUGGGGUCUUUUAUCAAUUGUCUAAUUUGUGGACCAUCGAAAAUGCCUGCUUUCAACUUUGAUUGAAUGGUUGAGGUUUUGUCUCUUGACUAGAUGUGAAAUCAGAGUCGGAAUCUUGUUAAUCUUGUUUCUUGCCACAAAUAACACAAAAACUGUUUGAAUCGUUUAAACAACGUCUCUUCUUCGUAGCCAUUGUUUUGAUUGUGAAAAAAAGAAAUAAUGCACACGUUGAAACUCAAUUAAAUUGUUCCGUCACCUAAAAUGCGGGUAGUUUGAAAAAUCUUAAAAACUAGAGCUGCUACACAAAAAACAGUGAUAUUUAUGAAAUGACCACACCAAAAUACAUUAAACGUGAUAAUAAUUUUCUUGGAAAAUUUUAUGAAGUAGAUAUUUGUUGGGCAGUGUUAUCAUUGCUAAUGCGAAUUUAACGAAUAUAUAAAAAAAAUCAUUGUAGCUUAGAUUUAAAUUCGAUAUGUUUGUACGUUUGUGUGUUUGUCAAGUAAAAAGUGUUUGUUUUAACAAAAUAUAAUAAACAAGUUGAUUUAUAUCUAUUGUUAAGAUAUAUAAGGUGUUCUAAAAGUAUCUGGCACGGCUUUAAUGAGAGGUAGUGUUGUGUUUGAAGAUUACAAUAGUAAAUAUAAAUUAUUGAUUAUGAGUAUAUUUUUUUCGUAUUUCAAUCUACGUACGAGUUUGUUAUGAAAGAGCUGUCUUUUUCACUGUCUCUGUCGCGAUGCCUCGAUGAAAACAAUUGAUAGAAAUGGUUACCAUUGACGCAUCGUACGUAUUUGUGAACCACUUUAUGCAGAGUAGAGUCAAUGUUUAUUUAACUUCUUUAUAAUUUCUUUAUGUUCUCAAAUUGAAUUAGCUGGUUGGGUGUACGAAAUUUCUUCACUAUUGUAAUCCUCAAACACAACACUACCUUCCAUUAAAGUCGUGGCAGAUAAUUUUAAAACAUCUUAAAGAUUUAGUAUAAGCAUAAACAAAAUGUUAACAUUUCCAAUACAUCUAGCCGUGUAAACUACUAUUUGUUUAAAUAUUCAUAUAAUAGAUAAGUUAAUAGUAAUAUUUAUAACGUAACGUAUUAUUUUUGUAUUUCUUUUUCAUAAAUGUAAUUCGGUAUGUGACAUAAUUAUCAUUAAACAAGCAUACCGCCUACUUUUUCUAAUUUGUCUUAAAAUAUUAUCGAAACUGUAAAAACAACAAAAAUCACUUGUUUCAUAACUUUAAAUUGAUGAAGUUGUAUGGUCUACUCAUGUAGCUGUUUUACGAGGUUUCUCAAUUAGUUUCAAGUCGCGUCGGGGCUCAUAAUCGUGAGCAGCAUGCAAGCAACGAUACUGGCUUAAAACUAAUUGUGUGAUAGUUACUAAGGUAGUAACUACAACCUAAUAAGUUAUUUUUGUACAGAAAUAAAUUAAAACUAAGAUUAUUAUAUAGAGAUAAUUUUAAACACCUUUUUAAUUAAUAGCUAAGAAUGAUUUUUUUGACAGACAAUUUUAAGACACGUUAGAAAAAUAUAGGAUUAACUAUAAUUAUAAUAAAAUGUUAUUGUCUUCAAUGUGCCUUCCACAUAAUCACGAUUUUUUCAAAUAUCUAAUUUAGAAAUCAAAAACCGUUGUACAGACGCCAUUUUUGAAUCUCGAAUAACCAUGCUCUGAUUGGUUGGUUUAUUCGAGCGGCCAAUCAGAGAGCGGAACACGCUCUCGUUUCGAUUGCUUUAAAUGGAAAGCAAACUCGUACUAAGGGUACGAACGUUUUCGGAAGAACUCUCGAAAUUUUUCGUUUUUACGUCCAUUUUAAAUCGGAUAUCUACUUAUUUAGUGUUUACUUUAGGUCUUUAAUUUAUUGAUUUUAGUAUCUAGUAUUUCUUUUUCUUUAUAGGGUUAGAUUUCCAUUUUUUUAUUAAUACAGUAAGUAGCUGGUGAAUUAAUAUAAUGCAAGGGCGAAAUUAAAAGAAAGACUUGAUAAGUUUUGUGCUGCUUUUUUUUUCAUGGACUACACGUUUAAAUAUCAUUUUUUCUUAACUUCAAACAAUUAUGUUUAUUCUUGUUGCAUUAUGCACUAAGUAUCUUUGUGCAAUCCCUUUAAACUAUCUUUAAUGAAGUUAUUUUGCUAACAAUAAUUUUCAAAAAUUAGUUAUGAAAAUGGCAUUUAAUGAAGUUCUUUUUUUGUCAAUUAGCGUGUUAUAAACCAAUAAAAAUGUUUUUAGUUCUACCUAAUUUGAAUAGAUUCCCCUUAAAACACAUCUUAAAAUUAUUUUUCUCAUAAAUUAUUUUAAGAUGUGUUUUAAGGUAAAAUAGGCUUAACAAUUUAAUAAGGGUUUCAUCCAAAUUAUUGUUCCAUUGAUUACUCAUUCAUUACAAGAACAGUCACCGCUAAAUCACUUAACUGUCAACCUCUUGCGCACUUUCAUAAGUUAUUAAAUAAAGCGUAAAUUCAUACUAGUGCAGCGUUGAAAAAUCAAUCGAUCUGAAUUGUUAUAGCGAAUUCAUCCUUACUGCCACAAAGUAGAGUACAUAUUCCUUUUGAAAUAAAAACCAGAAUCUAGUUAAGCGCAUUGAAAUGAAUUUGCGCAUCUAACACUCCAAAAGAAAUGUGUGCGUUACUUGUAAAGAGAUAAAGGUGAAUUUGCUAUGUGACAUUUCAGAUUGGCGCUUCAAUGCGCAAAGAGUUUGCGCAAGUAUGAAUUAACCCUUACGUUCCGAUAACGUGAUUAUAUGUAAGCCUUGGUGAUUAUUUUGUAUAAAUUUAUUUGUAAAUAUAUGUAUAGACAAUGUUAAAUAUUUCUACGUUAAAUGUUAGUUAAAAGCUAUAAUUGUUGUAAGGCAUUGAAUAAUGAAAUAAAUGUGGAAAAGGAUGGUGGGAGUUAA